AUGCUGCGUCAAACUCCCAAGAUGGAGUCAAGGGCCCUUAGACAGGCAGCCCAAAAUGGGCAGAACACCGAAGAACCCAAGACACCUCUGCCACCGGGAGUGAAUGAUGUCCCCGGGAACCCCAACAGGCCAGCCACCUUCCUCAGCGUCGAACACGAUGAACAAAAGCUGGCAGCAUACCUUGGCUUUCACCAUACCUCCCAUCUACGGAAGCUGGCUCUCACCUGGCCCGUGACGCAGGCAUUCCUAAAAUUUGAUAGGCUUAACCUUCACACCGACGACGCCAAAGAAGGCACAUUCUAUGUCCUUCGUGACUUUGAAAAUACACGUGGGUUUCUAUGGCGUAUCUACAGCGUAAACCCCAGCCUGGAAUGGCCAAUCCGCAAAGAAGACCGGGCACUUGAAGACCGGGCAAGCCGAGCCAAAGACCUAUCGAGAGAGGAGUUCCGGCGCCAAGCGACACGGAAACUGCAUCGCUAUGCGCGCAUCGCCCAUAUUCUACUUCACAUGGGGGCGGACUUUGUUACAUACGGACGAAAUGAUGCCAUCAACAACUGGACAGAGAAUGAGUUUCACAAACUGGCUCUGCAAAAUCAUCUGGGUGUAGACAUACGAUACACAAGCACUCUGUCGGGGCCUCCAAUAAGACCGGGCAUCUUUGAGCUUCGAGCUGAUGAGGAUCACCUGGAAAAAUGCAACAAGUUUUACAAUCUCUUGAGAUACCUGCAGCUUUCGGCUGAGAAGUGCAAAGAGAGUGAUUCUCUGUGGUCGAAGAGAUUUCAAACUUCCGAUGCGGUCAUGGACGGCCAAGCGGUCGAGCUCGAGCAUGUUCCAAAGUGGAUGCGGCCUGCACCACAGGUACGCCCUAUCGUGCUGCCUCCUGUUGUUGCUUGA